AUGCCUGGUACUGGUUCUGAAUCUGGCUGUUGGCCACGCUUGAGAUCUUCAAAGAAGCGCUCCAACCCCAAAGCCAAACAGACAGGAAAGGAGAUAGGCGCACAGGAUGCCCAGACCAAAGCUGAGCUAGACCCGAUGACCCGCUCCCUGGCUCUCCACCUGUGCUGCCCAGCCUGUGACACUCUCCUCCUCCAGCCUGUGUCUCUGCCCUGUGGCCACUGCCUCUGCCAGCCCUGCCUGGAAGGCAUCCGCAAGAAGCCCUCCAGCACCAAGGCCUCUGAUGCCCAACAGGCCCAGCCCUACUCCCAGUGCCCCUGUUGCCUGGUCCACUACUCCCUCCAGCCUGGCGGGGCCUGGCCCUUCCCAGAGAACCAUCUUCUGGCCAACGUAUCUGAGCAGCUCCUAGAGAGGCUGGAGGGCCUGAAGCGGGUGAAGCAACCCAAAAACACCCGGGCCAAGGACACAUCCAUGAGGGUGACCGCCUGCGAGAUCUGCUCUAAGCAGUGCGAGGCCCAGCACUACUGCCGAACCUGCGGCCUCAACUACUGUGCCAAGUGCCUGAGAAAACUCCAUGGCAACCGGGCAUUCCAGGCGCACGUGCUGACGGAGCCCGUGGAGCGUGGGUGCCGCGAUCCAUGCCCCAUCCACCAGGACCGUUCCCUGUCCCACUGUUGCCUUGACGACGGAGCUCUGGGGUGCCAGGGGUGCAUGGAACAGGGGCACCAGGGGCAUGACGUGUCACCCGUCCACGAGGCCCGCGCCCGCAGGGAGGUGGGCAUCCGCAAUUCACUGGAGCAGGCUGAGAAGGUGAAGUCCCAGUGUGAAGCCGACAUGGUGUCCAUGGAUCAGUUGAGGGCCAGAACGGGCUCCGACGGCGCCGAGCUGAAACGCCGCGUGCGCGAGGGCUUCCUGUCUCUCCGUAAUGUCCUGCUAGACCAGGAGACGGCACUGCUCUCCCACCUGGACAACCUGACCUCCAGUACCCGCAGCGGUGCCAGGGACUUCCUCCAGACCUCUGCCCCACUCCUGGGCUCCCUGACUGGGCUGGAGGUGAUCUCUGAGCAGGCCCUCCUGGAGCCCGACACCGUGGCCUUCCUGACCGGGGUCGUGGCUCUGACCCAGUGGCUGCAGAGGGUCAACGGGGACAUCCACCGCCCUGCCCUGACUCUCCAGGAGGGAGAGCCCUUCAAGGGGGUGAAGAUGGACUUUCACGCCCUCCUUAGAGACCUGCAGGGCCUGCUGGGGACCCACCUCCACUGGAAGAGCCCUGAAGUGGAUGCAGUGGUUGCAGCGGCGACCAGCGUGGAGUCAGACGUUUUGGAGGGGUGCUGCGAGGUGUUGCAGGUGCCAUCCUGCCCAGGGACCCCCCACCGCACCCUGGCCCUGGCGGACUCCCCCCUGAGCCCCCGGAACCCCAAGAGCCCCAGGAAGCUGGUGAUGGAGGAACACCUGGGCCUGUCGGCUGGGGACUGCAGCGAUAAGGAGCGCAACCUGCUGCCCAGGCCCCCCAUCAUCUACCAGCACAUUGUCAGCGGAGACACUGUAGAGAUCUUCUGGAUGCUGCCCAUGGGCGAGGAGGUGGAGACCUUUGACAUCCACUUCCAGGAUGCUGUUAUUGUGGGGAUGGCCAUGGAGGAGGGGAAGGGACUGGUCCUGGUGGGGCUGAAGACCUGCAACCUGCAGACGGCCGGGCUCCGCCAAGACACACACUACCUGUUCCGGGCACGCUCUGUCAACAGCCACGGGGCCGGGGAGUGGAGCUCGUCCUACAGGGUGAAUUCCGAGCGCCAGGGAGACGAGGCCAAGGCAGCCGUGACACAGGAAAUCUAACUCUUACAAAGGAAAUGAAGAUCCCACACAUCAAAUGUCAUACAUAUGUCACUUACAAUCUGUCUUUUCAAUAUAUCACUGUAC